AUGGCUGAGCCUCACCAUCGUACGCCCGAACAGAUUGCGUUAGCCGAGCAGCGCAGAAUCAACAGGGAGAAACGAGAGCAAAUAACAGCCAAGGAAGAAGCACAGAAAGGUCGUAUAUUGCCUCGAGAAUGGAUCACGGUACAGGACCCCCCGAAUACGGAGAACGGUGAUUGGCAACGAGUCCGAAUAAUGACAUGGAAUCUUCUUGCGCAAUGUCUUGUCCGACGCGAGCUUUUCCCAACGAGUGACUGUUUAAAGGCUAGUCAACGGGAGCCGAUGCUGCAUCAUGAGAUACUCUCCCUUGAAGCCGAUAUCUGCUGCCUCCAGGAAGUUGAUAGAUUGGAAAGGCUGCUACCGGUAUUGGAGGAGGCUGGCUAUGAGCAUGUUUAUGCCGCGGGUCCCCGGAAGAAGCAUGGUUGCCUCAUAGCCUAUCGCAAAGACGCAUACAUCCUGACCGAUCAAAGAUUGAUCGAGUAUGACCAACAAGAGGUGCAUGAAGAGGGCAGUGAGACUGCUCGCAGGGGGAGCAGCUUCCGGACGAGGAAUAUUGCAUCCUUGGUCCGACUGCAGAAAGUAGCGUCGCCAUCUACGGGUGUUGUUGUCGCAACGACGCAUCUUUUCUGGCAUCCUUUGCAAGCAGCCAUAUUGUUGCGGGAGGUCGUCAGGUUCCGGGAGGAUGGUCAUCCGGAAACUCGUCAAUGGCCUUGUCUAAUUGCUGGAGACUUCAACUUCACGCCGGAAGAUCCGACCUAUUCGUUCAUCGUAGGCGAUUCUCUGCGUCCGAAACAGGAAGAACGGUUAUCUGCAUCGCGUGUCGUUCAUGUUACCAUCGAUCCGACUGUACCUGUGGCACAGGACGUGCCAUCGAAGGAGGAUGAGGACGGUCUGGAAGGAGAGGAAGCUGAUCCAGACAGGGACAUUGUAAACGCCCGACCGGCACGUGGAGAAGAUGGCCUCCUUACGGAUGCGGAGCUUGCUGCCAUGUUCAAGAAGUCAGGUAGACCGGCAAGUGUAUAUGAGGAAGGGCAACGUCUACAACCGAACACCGCGGACAUGGGCUUGACAUUUGGGAGUAGAGUACCAGUCGAAGCCGGUCGCCACGGCGGAUAUGAGCCGAUUUAUACGAGUUACACUCAUUAUUGGAAGGCCGUACUCGAUUACAUCUUUGUCCUUGCACCCGGAAAGCCGGCUCCCAUUAUCACAAAGCUUGCUAAGCCGCAUGUAGCCAAGCUCCUCGAGCCGGGGCUCCCACAGAUGGGUGUAUGCGGCAGCGAUCAUAUAUCUCUGGCCGCCGAAUCAUAUCUGAAAUGCUGA